CGGGAGGUGGCUACGGGGGUUUUGGUGUCGCGCAGCGCCCCCAAGCGGCCGCCCGUUCCGUUGCAGGCACGAAGGCGCUGCUCCGGGGCUGCCGCGCCGCCGGCGUGCGGAGCUUCGUGUUCACGUCCUCCAUGGAGGUGGUUGGGCCCAACGAGAGGGGAGACCCCCUUCGUCAGGGGGGACGAGGAGACCCCGUACCCUACAAGGCACACGCAGCCCUAUUCCCUGAGCAAGGCGCAGGCGGAGAGAUUGGUGCUGGAUGCCAAUGGGGUCACGGUUUCGGGGGGCGGCCGCCUGGUGACGGUGGCGGUUCGCCCCACGGGGAUCUAUGGGGAGGGUCACCCCCUGCUGGAGCACUUCUACCGCCGCGGGAAGGCGCUGGGGGGCUGGCUGCCCCGAACGCUGCCGCCCCACUGCGAGCACGGCCGGGUCUACGUGGGCAACAUGGCAUGGAUCCACACGCAGGGCCCC